GAUUACCAACUGUGAUAAUAUAGUUGCAGAAAAUGAUGAGGGUUUGUCUGCAAUUCUUAAUAAUGCUUUGACUAGACAAGAGGAUAUCUCUUUUAUGGCUAUCGAUUUUGAGGGUUUAUCAGAAAAAAUAGGUGAAAAAAAUCAUUAUGUUUUGCAUCUUUACGGUUCUCUCAUUAAUGGUCAAAAAGCAGUAGUUACCCUUACAGGGAUUCAGAUUUUUUUUGAUAUACUUGUUUCUGAUAAAGAAAUCAUAGACGAGUUUAAAAUAAAAAUAGACGCAAUUCUUUCUAGUGUUAUAAAUACCUAUAAAAUAGAAUAUAUUAAGGCUUUCCCCUUGCGCGAUUACUAUACAGAAAAAAAGUCAUAUUUACGAAUUUUUAAACUCG